AUGGCGGAUGACGGUGUUGCCAACGGCGGCGUCGAUGAUCAGUACGGUGAAGAAUCGGUGACGAAGAUCGCCGUGUUGCAACGCGAGCGCAAAGAAUUGAUGAGUGAGAACGCCGCGAGGAAGGAGGAGAUCAAGGAGCUGACGGUGGAGCUCGAGGGAUUGAGGAGCGACAACACGGUGACUAACGAGAAGAUCGAAGUAAUGCAGCGAGAGGUGGUGCAGUCUCGCGAGGCGGCGAAGGCGGUGGAGGUAAUCGCGGCGAGGGCGGCGGACUUGGAGACGGAGGUGGCGAGGCUACAGCAUGAUAUGAUAUCGGAGAUGAGUGCGGCGGAGGACGCUAGGGCGGAGGACGCUAGGGCGUAUGCUACUGAAUUGAGGAAGGUUUUAGGAGAGAAGGAGUCUAGGCUUGACUCUCUGGAGAAGGAAUUGGAAACAUUGAAGAAGGUGAAGGCAGAGAGUGAGGUUAGGGUUAGGGACUUGGAGAGGAAAAUUGGAGUUCUGGAAACCAAGGAAAUUGAGGAAAGGAACAAGAGGAUUAGGUUUGAGGAAGAGAUCAGAGAUAAGAUUGAUGAAAAGGAGAAGGAGAUUAACGGUUUCAAACAGAAGUGA